AUGGGGACGUAUCAUAUGCCACCUUUGCCGCCGAGAGCUGGCCGCUCAGGCCCAGGAUGCACGUAUGCCGAUCAAGUGGCACAGUGGCGGCUACGUUCGGUCUUUCUCGAGACACCCUUCUUUCUUCCAACAACGACAACAACGCUGAGUCGGCAGACUGAACCUUCACAGAUCAAGCAUGCGGAAAAUGCCGGACAGCAGCAGAGGGUGAAUGCUGAAGCUUCGACGCAACGGAGACAAAAUGCCGAACGCGCUGCGCAAAAUCCCCAUUCAUUGGCCAUUGACACCGCAACGAUUCAACGCCGCCGGGACAUCGCUGCACGACUCCAAGCCUUCUACCAGCCCCUCACCGGCUUGCACCUACCUGCAGAAGCCCUCAAGGUUCCUCCCAAGGAAGGCUGGGACUUUGUCAACGCCGAGCGGCUCGCAUUCCUAUGCAAAUCGGAUGCUGUGAUCGAUCUCUACAAACGUAUUCGAUACAUCGACCACGACCAGGGCGACGGCUAUCAGAUCGAUUACUACGAGCACAUAGAUGGAGAACCCAAUUGGGACAGACUGAACGCGCCAGAACACAUCGCGGUCAUAGUCGAGCCCACUUGUUUGACGGGCAAAUACAUCCUCGUCGAUAUGCGGGAUGGCAAAGUCGCUGUCGUACGCCCCCGGGACGCCCAGGCUCCCACGAGCAUUGAUACCCGCCUCGCCGUCGCAGACUUGGACGAUCCCGCAUCCCGAAUCGCCGACCGAGAGGCAAAGACUCGAAUGUACGAGCAAGCUGAGCAUGCCGCUCAGAGUCCACGUCCGCUGGCUGUGGACACUGCCACUAUUCUGCGUCGAAAGGUUGUAGCUGCAGAGCUUCUGUCCUUGUACGAGAUUCUUGUCGAACUCUACAUACCUCCCGAUACUCUGAAACGUCCGCCAAAAGAGAGCGGCUGGGACUUUGUCAAUGCCGAACGUUUCAAAUUCCUAGGCAAGACCGACGCAGUCAUUGAUCUGUACAAGCACAUCCCAUACAUCAUGUACCAUCGGGCAGAGUACCAGACUAGCUAUCACAGCCACUGCUAUGGCUGGACUGGAGAGCACUUCAAGAGGGGACACCUUCGUGGACAAUCGAAAGAUGCCAUGGAGCCCGAACAGUAUUUCGAAUCUAUGAGGGGAAAGAUUACAUGGGAAAGGAUGCACGACCUGCAGCACAUCGCGCUUCUCUUCGAGGCAUCGAGCAACUUUGGGCGCUAUGUCGUGCUCGACACACGAGGAUGCCAUGACUCCGUGAGCGUGCACGAGUAUGAGGAUAUCUCGGGCUUCGUCAAUGAGCUCAGACGAUGGUCCCUGGAGCUUGAACUCAUUCCGUCGCACCCGAGCGAUGUGGUCCGGGAUUUUGAGAGGCACUGGAACGUUGAGGUAAACAAUAAAGUCAAGGAAGCAUAUCGAAGGCACGGAUGCCCUUCUGCUGGGUUCCAGAAGGAGACUUGUGCGCAGGAGAUCGGAUACAUACUUGAGGCCAACGGUUGUGGAGCGACAUGA